CCCAGAGCUGGGUGCAGCACUGCAGGUGGGGUCCCACCAGAGCAGAAGGGCAGAAUCCCCUCCCUCACCCUGCUGUCCAUGCAGCUUUGGAUACAGCCCAGGACAUGGCUUUCUGUGCUGUGAGUGCACAUCACUGGGUCAUGUCCAGCCUCUUGUCCACCUCCAUGCCAAGUCCUUUUCGGCAGGGCUGCUCUCCAUUUGUUCAUCCUUCAGCCUGGAUUUAUGCUUGGGAUUGCCCUGACCCAGGUGCAGCGCCUUGUACUUGCCCUUGUUGAAUUUCUUGAGCUUUGCAUGGACCCACCCCUCAAGGCGGUCGAAGUCCCUCUGGAUGGCAUCCCUUUCCUCCAGUGUGUUGACUGCACCAGCUUGCUGACGGUGCCCUUGAUCCCAGUCCGUGUCACUGACAAAACAUAAAGGGGUUGCUGUUCAUUCUGUUGGAUUGAAAGUGCUCUGGGGUAUUUACUCAGAUAUGCCCUACUCCCACACAGAAUAAUUUAGAGAUUGGUAAAUUUUCCUCCUUAAGAUCACACCACUGAGUUACCUAACAGUGAUGCUUAAGAGCAGUGUUUGUAAUGAUUUCUUGGCAUUUCCAGCAGGUUCUGCAGCCUCUGUCCCUCUGUAGUGCAAGUGCCUAUGAAGGCCUGCUAACAUUGUUGUGUAGUACCAUUCACUCUGUGCAUUUGUCCACAGUGGUGUUUCUGUAGCAUUUUCAGAGCACAUGGGUGAUAAUUCUAACACAGAAGAUAAUUUAGCAGUGUGUUGGCUGGCAAUGAAAGCUAGAACAGGUCAUUUACACCUCUGCAAGGGCUUGAAUCCAGCAUUGCAUGUUCUACUUUGAAUUCACAUCAUUUUAAGCUCCCAAAGUGAUCAUGACUAACUACUUAACACUUUUUUUUUUCCUUUUUUUAAUCCAUUUGAAUUCUGAGCAUCAGUUUCCUUCCUGGGACUGUUUUUUGAUUCCUGGAUGACCCAGGUGCUUCAUGAAUGGAGGUUACUGGUGUUUGUCCAUCUGGUACAGCCACAAGUCAAGGACAGUCCCUGGUGCUGCCCACUCAUUUCAACAAACAUUUUCUGCUGCUGCUGUAAAGGCAUGGAGACAUCCAAUGCUUCUGGCUACAGAAGAGAAUGGAUGGAAGGACAGUGUGAGGACAGUGAUCCCAGAAAGACGACUGCAGAAGGCAGCAGACAUACAUCUGACACCUCACAGCAGCCAUCAGUCUAUGGAGGGCAGACUUCAAUCCCGAAGGAAAGGUCUGAAAUGAUGAAAGAGAUGGAUGAAAAAAUAAGGAAGGAAAUGUUUGAAAGGAUGAAAGAGAUGGACAACAAAAUAAGGAAGGAAAUGUUCGAAAGUAUGAAAGAGAUGGACGACAAAAUAAGGAAGGAAAUGUUCAAAAGGAUGAAAGAGAUGGACGACAAAAUAAGGAAGGAAAUGUUCCAAAUGACAAAAAAGAUGGACAACGAGAAAAUAACUUUGACUGACCCUAUUAAUACACCACUACACCUUCCAGAUAGUUACAGCAGAGCAUUUCCUGGAAGGGCAAUCCAAAUACAGCAGCAGAAGGAAGAGGAAUAUGAGGUGCUGAAAGAGAAGAACAAAAAUCUGGAGUCAAGAUACCAAGAGCUCUUGGCUAAAACGAUGAGCAUGCACCAACACUCUGAGGACAUCAAUGACCCUUUGCGUUUGUCUGCUGUGCUGGAGAGGUAUGAGAUGCUCCAACUACAGCAAUGGGAGAAAGUCAGGAGCUCCAUGCCCUGCCGUUGGACGUAUGAGCAAGGCCGUCGCAUCAUUAAGAAGCUGUUUGAUGCCUGUGAGAAAGAUAUACAACAGAGAACAGAUGACAUACUUAAAGCUCUUGACAUUCCACUUUGGAAUAAGGCUUUGACUGAGGAGACGAUGCGAGAAAUAAGGAAGCUCUUUCGGCAACCCUAUUACCAAAACUACCCAAAGGUUCACUCCGAGAUUGUUCAAGAAGCUGCCAUUCUCACAGGAACUGAAAAUCAAACUGAAAGUCAGUUCCUGCUGCAGUGCUGCCAAAUUUAUUGUUUGCUGCUUCUUCAGGAUCCACCAGUUAAAGCUGAGUGGAAGAUGAACAGAAGGUAUUUAGAGCAUGUGGACAAGAAAGAUCCAGUGUACUGGAAAAACCCAUCACUUCUGUGGCCCAUAAUGAAACAUGGAGAGGAUGUUGUUGUGAAAGGUGUAGUCUGGGAUCAAAGGAGAAUGACUUGAGAGUCUGGGUAAUUGCUAACUUAGCCAGAAGAUGACACAGCUGCUUUGCAAUACUCUGCUUUUCCUUCUCCCAUGAAUUUCCUGCUUUUCAGAGCUAGUAAGUUAAGACAUUCCCCACUUGGGACACCUAGGAUAAAUCAUUAUUAAUAAACAUGUAUUAAAAAUUGAAGCUACUCCAAUUGUCUCCUCACAAAGGCCACCUGCCUGUUCACACUCAGCUGCUUUCCCAUGUCUGUACAAUUUACCUCUCCCGAAGCCCUUCAGCUACUCACCUGCCACAGCUCUGGACCAAAGAGCUCUAAAAGUUUUAUUCCAUGGCAUAAGGGGGAUGCAGUGAGGCAAAUGCGUGUUCAUGUGACUUCGUGUGACACAGUAUUCUGUGAGCAACUUGAGAAUUACCAAAUAAAAAAAGACUUUAAAUUCUG